AUGAUACAGGAAUGGAAUCAAACAAGGGUAUCUGAAUUUAUUUUUAUUGGAAUUUCAAGCAAUCGGGAACUGCAACUUACAUUUUUCAUUUUACUUCUCGUUGUUUACUUAUUAUGCCUGUUUGGAUAUCUAGCUAUUAUCAUAGUUGUAAAAGUUGAUCCUCAUCUUCAAACCCCUAUGUACUUUUUUCUCAGCCAUUUUUCUUUUUUAGAGAUGUGUUUUACAUCAAACACUAUUCCCAAAUUGUUAUACAAUUUAUUAACAGAAAACAAUCACAUUUUAUUUGAAGAAUGCAUUGUUCAGAUGUUUUUUUUUCUCUCAUUUGUAACUAUUGACUGUUUGCUGUUGACUGUCAUGUCCUAUGACCGCUUUGUCGCAAUAUGUUGUCCUCUCCAUUACAACAACAUUAUGACUAAGACCAUAUGUAACAGUUUUACUACAGUCUUGUGGUCAAUUGGUUUUGUCUACUCAGCCAUUCAUACAUCUGUCCUGUUGCAGCUUCCAUUCUGUGGACCCAAUGAAAUUGAUCACUUCUUCUGUGAUUUUCCAAUCGUCUUGAAAUUAUCUUGUAGCGAUACAUUUCUUAAUCACUUACUCAUGUCUGUAACGGGUAGUUUGCUAGGAUUCAGUUGCUUACUAAUGAUACUGAGGUCUUACAUAAACAUUAUCACAGCAGUUGUUAAAAUACGUUUCUCCGAACGAACAAGCAAAGCUUUUUCCACUUGCACCUCUCAUCUUACGGUUGUAAGCUUGUAUUAUGGCACCCUCAUUUUCACAUAUCUACCUCCACCAUCUAAUUAUUCUCUAAAUUACGAUAAGGUAGUGGCUUUGGUAUACUGCAUUGGGAACCCCAUGCUAAACUCUAUCAUCUAUAGCCUUAACAAUAAAGAAGUAAAGGGAGCGUUUAAAAAAUUACUGCAAUUAUAA